AUUGUGGUCGUGGCGAGGUAGAACCAUGGCGCCUGGACUCAUCGAGACGGAAUCUGCGCCUGCUGCGCCUGCGGAUGCGCUGCGUCAGCUUAACGAGGUUACGGCGGGAUUUGACGAUACGCUGAGGUUCUACUUGAACGGCACGAAGGUUACGCUUGACAAUGCAGAUCCGGAAGUCACAGUGUUGGAGUAUCUGAGGGGGAUUGGGCUUACGGGGACGAAGUUGGGGUGUGCGGAAGGAGGAUGUGGAGCUUGCACAGUGGUCGUCUCACAGUUCAACCCCACAACAAAAAAGAUAUAUCACGCCUCCGUAAACGCAUGUCUGGCACCGCUGGUCAGCGUAGACGGCAAGCACGUCAUAACAGUCGAAGGGAUAGGCAAUGUCAAGAGACCACAUCCAGCACAGGAGCGAAUAGCAAAGGGAAAUGGCAGCCAGUGCGGUUUCUGCACCCCAGGAAUCGUCAUGAGCUUAUACGCACUCCUGCGCAACACCGACGCACCCACCGAACACGACAUUGAGGAAGCCUUCGAUGGCAAUUUAUGUAGAUGCACAGGAUACAGGCCGAUCUUGGAUGCCGCACAAAGCUUCAGUGUCAAGACUGGGUGUGGCAAAGCAAAGGCAAAUGGCGGAGGUGGAUGCUGCAUGGAAAAGAAUGGUGCAAAUGGCGGAGGAUGCUGCAAGACUAACGGAGCGAACAGCGAUGACCAGCCCAUCAAGCGCUUUACACCUCCAGGCUUCAUUGAGUACAAGCCUGACACCGAGUUGAUCUUCCCACCACAACUUCGCAAGCAUGAGUUUAGACCGCUGGCAUUUGGCAACAAGAGAAAGAGGUGGUACAGGCCUACAACUCUGCAGCAGUUGCUCGAUAUCAAGAACGCACACCCUUCGGCAAAGCUCAUCGGUGGAUCUACAGAAACGCAGAUCGAGAUCAAGUUCAAAGGCAUGAAUUAUAGCGCUUCCGUGUUCGUUGGCGAUAUCCCUGAGCUGCGCCAAUUCAACUUCAACGACGACCAUCUCGAGAUUGGCGGAAACGUGGUGCUAACGGAUCUCGAGCGGAUAUGUGAAGACGCUGUGGAGCAUUAUGGAAAAGAGAGGGGACAGCCGUUUGCUACAAUCCUGAAGCAGAUCCGUUACUUUGCUGGAAGACAGAUUAGGAACGUGGGUACGCCUGCGGGCAACCUUGCAACAGCCAGUCCCAUCUCGGAUCUAAACCCAGUCUUUGUUGCUACCAAUGCCACGCUGGUAGCAAAGAGUCUGAAGGAGACGAAAGAAAUACCGAUGUCGGCUUUCUUCAAGGGGUAUAGGCAAACGGCUCUGCCUCCUGACGCUAUCAUCGCCAGUCUCAGGAUCCCUGUGGCGAAGGAAAAGGGCGAAUACAUCCGCGCAUAUAAGCAGUCGAAACGGAAGGACGAUGACAUUGCCAUUGUGAAUGCUGCGUUGAGAGUGGCGCUUGACGAUGAGCAUACUGUGCAGGAUGUGAGCCUAGUCUAUGGUGGCAUGGCGCCAACAACGAUCGUCGCGAAGAAGGCCACAGACUUCCUUCAUGGCAGAAAGUUCACAGACUUGCAGACUUUGGAAGGUGUCAUGGCCAAGCUCGAGGAGGACUUUGACUUGCGCUUCGGUGUACCUGGUGGCAUGGCAACAUACAGGAAGACGCUUGCGCUAGGCUUCUUCUACAAGUUCUACCACGAAGUGCUCGCUGGUUUGAACGCUGAUGAGGCCGAGGUCGAUACACAAGCGAUCGGCGAGAUCGAGCGAGAUAUCAGCUCGGGCUGGAAAGAUGGCAAGGCAGCUGAGGCAUACAAGCAGAGCGAGGUUGGACAAUCGAAGAGCCACGUCGCUGCCAUGCAACAGACCACGGGCGAAGCCCAGUAUACAGACGACAUCCCUCUGCAGCGGAACGAGUUGUACGGUUGUCUAGUCUUGUCAACAAAGGCACACGCCAAGCUUCUCAGUGUCGAUGCGGAAGCAGCUCUUGAUCUACCAGGCGUUGCUGCUUACGUAGACCACAAAGAUUUGGCGACUCCAGAGUCGAACUGGUGGGGAGCACCUUCCUGUGACGAGACCUUCUUCGCGGUCGAUGAGGUCUUCACUGCAGGUCAGCCUAUCGGCAUGAUCCUUGCAGACACAGCGAAGCAUGCCGAACAAGCCGCUAGAGCCGUCAAGAUCGAGUACGAGGAGCUGCCAGCAAUCUUUACCAUCGAAGAAGCUAUUCAACAAGAGAGCUACUUCCAGCACUUCCGCCACAUCAAGAAGGGAGAUGUAGACAAAGCAUUCGAAGAAGCUGAUCACGUCUUCACGGGAACAGCACGCAUGGGUGGCCAGGAGCACUUCUACCUCGAGACACAGGCAUGUCUGGCAGUACCCAAACCCGAGUUCGGCGAGAUGGAAGUCUACAGUAGCACUCAGAACCCCGCAGAAACACAAGCAUACGUCUCCAAGGUUCUUGGUGUUUCUGCAAACAAGAUCAACGCUCGCGUCAAGCGCAUGGGCGGUGGCUUCGGUGGCAAGGAAACACGCUCAAUCCAACUCGCUGGUAUUGUAGCGGUUGCAGCUAACAAGACUCGGCGACCAGUUCGAUGUAUGCUCAACCGAGACGAAGACAUCAUAACAUCUGGGCAACGUCACCCCUUCCUCGCCCGCUGGAAGGUCGCGGUGAACAAGGAUGGCAAGCUUCAGGCGCUUGAUGCAGAUGUCUUCAACAACGGUGGCUGGAGUCAAGAUCUCUCCGGUGCUGUUGUUGAGCGCGCCCUCUCCCACAUCGACGGCGUAUAUUCUAUCCCCAAUGUCUACGUCCGCGGCAGAGUAGCAAAGACAAACACCGUCUCCAACACUGCCUUCCGUGGUUUCGGCGGGCCUCAGGGUAUGUUCAUCUGCGAGACCUUCAUGGAGGAGAUUGCAGACCACCUCAACAUCCCGGCCGAGAAACUGCGCGAGAUCAACAUGUACUCGCCCGAAGGCAACAUGGUCACGCAUUUCAACCAGGAGAUCAAGGACUGGUACGUUCCACUCAUGUACAAGCAAGUCCAGGAAGAGUCAGAGUACUCCCGCCGGCGAGCGGAGAUCGAAGAGUUCAACAAGACCCACAAAUGGAACAAACGCGGCCUUGCGAUCAUUCCCACCAAGUUUGGUAUUUCCUUCACGGCGCUCUUCCUCAAUCAAGCCGGUGCACUCGUGCAUAUCUACCACGAUGGCUCGAUCCUCGUCGCCCACGGCGGGACAGAAAUGGGUCAAGGCCUGCACACAAAGAUGACGCAAAUCGCAGCCGAAGCGCUCCAAGUACCGCUCGAAAGCGUCUUUAUCAGUGACACAGCCACUAACACGGUCGCGAACUCGUCUUCCACCGCCGCAUCAGCUUCCUCAGACCUGAACGGCUAUGCAAUCUACAACGCUUGUGAACAACUCAACGAACGCCUGAAGCCGUACCGCGAGAAACUCGGCCCUGGCGCCUCAAUGAAAGACCUCGCGCACAUGGCCUACUUCGACCGCUGCAAUCUCAGCGCGCAAGGCUUCUACAAAACGCCGGACAUCGGCUACGUCUGGGGCGCCAACACCGGGCAAAUGUUCUUCUACUUUACCCAAGGCGUGGCCGCCGCCGAAGUCGAGAUUGACACGCUCACAGGUGACUGGACGACGCGGCGCGCAGACAUCAAGAUGGACGUCGGCCGUAGUAUCAACCCCGCGAUCGACUAUGGACAGAUUGAGGGCGCGUUUGUGCAGGGUCAGGGCCUGUUUACUACAGAGGAGAGUCUAUGGCAGAGGAGUACGGGGGGCAUUUUUACGAAGGGGCCCGGUAAUUAUAAGAUUCCUGGCUUCCGUGACAUCCCACAAGUCUUCAAUGUCUCACUGCUUAAGGAUGUGCAGUGGGAGAAUUUGCGCACUAUCCAGCGGUCCAGGGGUGUUGGUGAACCGCCGCUGUUCAUGGGCAGCUGUGUUUUCUUCGCUAUUCGCGAUGCAUUGAAGGCGGCAAGGAAGCAAUUUGGUGAAACAAGUGUGUUGCAUUUGCAGAGUCCGGCGACGCCAGAGAGAAUCAGGAUUUCUUGUGCAGAUCCGAUUUUGAAGAGGGCGUGGGUUGAGCCGAAGCAGGGUGAGAAGAGCUUUUUCAUUAGCAUUUAA